AUGGCGAGCCAAACAAUGGCACCACUACCUCCGCCGCCACCGCCGGCACCACCGCCGCCGCCAAUGGGUGGACCCCCAGCGGGCGGACCCCCGACUAAACUUAAUAAAAGUGAAGCCCAGGGCAGAGGCGCCCUAUUGUCGGAGAUUCGCGGCGGCGCUAGACUUAAAAAGGUUCGGGCGGUUAACGAUAGGAGUGCACCCAUUAUUGACGGCAAAUCGUCCACUUCUAACAGCAGUAGCAGUGGUAGUGUGUCAUCAAAGCCAGUGUCUAACGGUCCGGGAGGCGGACCCAUGCAAUUGGGAGGACUGUUUGCAGGCGGUGUCCCAAAGUUAAGGCAAACCGGAAGCAAAUUAGUGGCCAACGGACUCACUGUUAGUGCGAAUAAAGUGAACAAUAGUUUUACAAAAACCGAUGAAUCGGUUCGACCGACGAAUACGUCUCCAAUAAAAGCUAGUCUCGGAUCCAAACUUCAUAACUAUUCAAAUAAUACAAAUAAUUCAACUAAUAAUACAAACAACAAUUCAAACAAUUCUUCAUUUCUACACGCAAUCAAUGGACUAAAUUCUAACACUAAUACCAAUAAUAAUAACAAAUUCCAUACAAUGAAAGCACGAGAAAAACCAAAUUAUGUGGUGAAUGACAAUAAAGGACAGGCGCCUCAAGUGCCGCCUUUCGGUGCUAAUCGCGUAAAUGCCCCGCAAUUGCCCAAAAAGCCGCCCGCGAUUCAGAGGUCAAACUCUCAAUCGAGUGGCAGAAGACCGGGUCCGCCAAAUAGUAAACCCCCGCCGCCUCCCAAAGCGGUGAACGGUGUGAGUGCUAGCCAUCAAACACUUCAAUCCAAACCAUCAAAUGUUAGUCAAAGACGAAGUUUUGUAGACGAAAACUCGAGCGGAAAGCCAGACAUUUCUGCGUUAGUUUCGAGCUUUAAUCAACACAAUCAACAGCAGCCGCUCAAACCCCCGGCGCCGCCCAGAAAUGGCAACGGAAUAUCUCAAAGUCCAACAUAUCCUCCGCCACCGCCGCCGAUAUCGACAAUACCCACGCGUCCAACGCUUCCCAAUACAGUUCAACGAUUGCCAUCAAUGAAAGCAAAUGCGCCCAAUAUUCCAAUACAAGCGCCCAAAAUGGCUCAAAGUAUAAGAGCACCCUUAGGACCGCCACCGCCUCCUCCGCACAGAAGUACGUCUAAUAACACACCCAAUGCUAGCUAUCCUUCACAACCCCCGCCUCCACCUUCGCUAACCAAAGUGAACCCAACAAUCCACAGAAAUGGUACCUUUGCCUCAUCCGGUCCGCCCCCUCCUAUCAGAAAUACCUCUAAGACUGCAUCCAAUCAUAUUAGUAAUGAUUACAAUAGAGAACAAUUUUCUGCCAGAUUUGCCACAUUUAAAGCAAUCUUUGAACUCCCGGCGCCCUCUCCUAUGACCACAACUAAUAAAGUAUAUCCGAGUCAUAUUGUCAGAUAUGAGCUGUUUAUGACUUGUGAUUACCUUUAA